AUACGAGGCUUGUAGUUGGCUUCUGUAAAACUAUCUUGACCGUUAAUGAAUAUGAAAAACAGAUGAAAGCAGAAGACUGUGAAUACAAUUUUUUUUGUAUUUUAUAUACUUAGUUAGCUACUAAAAACAACAAACAUCAAGAACGUCUUCCUCCAACCAAAUCAACCAUCAAUUCGACAUCAGGACAGGAUGUCAAAAUUUAGCUUCAGGAGAAGUGAAAAGAAAGCCUUUAAGCACAUAGCUCAUGGCUUGAUCCCUGCAGCCACCAUCGCCCCCCGGCCUGCUGUACCCCGUACCCCUCCCCCUCGCAGCCCAUACCCCUCUCCAGAGAGACCCAGGUACCUAUAUGGAACAUACACCUAACAAACGGACCUGCAUCCCAAAUGGCGCCCUAUACCCUAUAUAAUGCACAGAUUUUCACCAGGGCCCAUAGGAUAGUGUGUUAUAUAGGGAAUAGGGUUCCAUUUGGGAUUGCAAUCGUCAACUCUGUCUGAUGUCUUUCUCUCCUCUUCCCUUCUCUUUCCUUGUCUCCUCGUUCCUUGUCUCCUCAUUCCUUGUCUCCUCGUUCCUUGUCUCCACUUCCCUUCUCUCCUCUUCCCUUCUCGUUCCUUGUCUCCUCUUCCCUCCUCGUUCCUUGUCUCCUCGUUCCUUGUCUCCUCUUCCCUUGUCUCCUCUUCCCUCCUCGUUCCUUGUCUCCACUUCCCUUGUCUCCUCUUCCCUCCUCGUUCCUUGUCUCCUCUUCCCUUGUCUCCUCUUCCCUCCUCGUUCCUUGUCUCCUCGUCCCUUCUCUCCACUUCCCUUCUCUGUCCUUGUCUCCUCUUCCCUCCUCGUUCCUUGUCUCCUCUUCCCUUGUCUCCUCUUCCCUCCUCUUCCCUUGUCUCCUCUUCCCUCCUCGUUCCUUGUCUCCUCUUCCCUUGUCUCCUCUUCCCUCCUCGUUCCUUGUCUCCACUUCCCUUGUCUCUUCUUCCCUCCUCGUUCCUUGUCUCCACUUCCCUUCUCUCCUCUUCCUUUCUCUUUCCUUGUCUCCUCGUUCCUUGUCUUCUCGUUCCUUGUCUCCUCUUCCCUCCUCGUUCCUUGUCUCCUCGUUCCUUGUCUCCACUUCCGUUCUCUCCUCUUCCCUUCUCGUUCCUUGUCUCCUCGUUCCUUGUCUCCUCGUUCCUUGUCUCCACUUCCCUUCUCUCCUCUUCCCUUCUCGUUCCUUGUCUCCUCUUCCCUCCUCGUUCCUUGUCUCCUCGUUCCUUGUCUCCUCUUCCCUUGUCUCCUCUUCCCUCCUCGUUCCUUGUCUCCUCGUUCCUUGUCUCCACUUCCCUUGUCUCCUCUUCCCUCCUCGUUCCUUGUCUCCUCGUUCCUUGUCUCCACUUCCGUUCUCUCCUCUUCCCUCCUCGUUCCUUGUCUCCUCGUUCCUUGUCUCCUCGUUCCUUCUCUCCUCUUCCCUUCUCGUUCCUUGUCUCCUCAUUCCUUCCCUCCUCGUUCCUUCCCUCCUCGUUCCUUAUGA